AUGGCUGCCCUCGGCGACGACCUGCUGAGGACUGUUAACAAGCUGCAGGAUCUUGUCUUUAACACUAUCGGAAAUGACUCAUUAGAUCUCCCGCAGAUUGUUGUUGUCGGUUCCCAGUCCGCCGGCAAGUCCUCGGUGUUGGAGAACAUCGUUGGGCGAGACUUCCUGCCCCGUGGCGCCGGCAUCGUCACUCGCAGACCCCUUAUCUUGCAGCUCAUCAAUGUCCCGAAGGACGACGCUGAAGAUGACCCGACGCCCAGCUAUGGCGUCCCUGGCCAGGCUGCUCGGAAUGAAUGGGCCGAGUUCCAUCACAUCCCAAACCGGCGCUUCACAAAUUUUGAAGACGUCAAGCGCGAGAUCGAGAAUGAGACCGCAAGAGUGGCAGGCACCAAUAAGGGCAUAAACCGCCAACCCAUCAACCUCAAGAUUUUUUCGCCCCACGUUCCUAUCGGCGACCAACCAACCGACAUUGAAAAGCAGACGCGAAACCUUAUUUCUGAGUAUAUCGCCAAGCCAAACAGCAUCAUUCUUGCUGUGUCCCCGGCAAAUGUCGACAUUGUCAACUCGGAAGCCCUCAAACUUGCCAGGCACGUCGACCCCCUGGGACGGAGGACAAUUGGUGUACUGACCAAGGUCGACUUGAUGGACCACGGCACCAACGCACUCGAUAUCCUGACUGGGAGGGUCUACCCCCUGAAGCUAGGCUGGAUUGGUGUCGUGAACCGGUCACAGCAGGAUAUUCAGGGCAACAAGCCCAUGUCUGAGGCCCUUAAGGCCGAGGCUGAGUUUUUCAGACACCACCCUGCGUACAGGAACAUUGCAAACCGCUGCGGUACCCAAUUCCUGGCCAAAACCCUUAACCAGACCUUGAUGGCUCAUAUCCGAGACCGCCUACCGGAUAUUAAGGCUCGUCUGAAUACUCUCAUGGGCCAGACCCAGCAGGAACUUGCCAGCUAUGGUGAUAUGCACUUCAGCGGCAAGGAGCAUCGCGGUUCUCUGAUCCUCCAGCUCAUGACCCGUUUCGCGACAUCCUUCAUCUCCUCGAUCGACGGUACUUCGACUGAGAUCUCAACCAAGGAGCUUUGCGGUGGUGCCCGAAUCUACUAUAUAUUCAACUCUGUUUUUGGCAGCUCUUUGGAAUCCAUCGAUCCUACUCAAAAUCUGUCGGCUGCCGAUAUCCGCACUGCGAUCCGCAACUCUACUGGCCCGAGGCCGAGCCUCUUUGUGCCCGAGAUGGCCUUUGACCUGCUUGUCAAGCCCCAGAUCAAGCUUCUCGAGCCCCCAAGCCAACGCUGUGUCGAGCUUGUCUAUGAGGAGCUAAUCAAGAUCUGCCAUACCUGUGGAUCUACUGAGCUGUCUCGGUUCCCUCGGCUGCAGGCGAAGCUUAUUGAAGUCGUCUCAGACCUUCUCCGUGAGCGGCUAGGGCCUGCAUCUGCUUACGUCGAGUCUCUGAUUGCUAUUCAAAGAGCCUACAUUAACACCAACCAUCCCAAUUUCGUGGGUGCUGCCGCAGCCAUGAGCCAGAUUGUCAGCCAGAGACAAGAAAGGGAGAGGAAGCGGUUGAUUCAGGAAGAACGCGAGAGGCGUGAGCGCAGGAGGAUGAAGGAGCUUGGUGCCAACGGAACUGAGACCCCAGCGAAUGAGGAAGAUGACAAUGCCUCGGUAGACAGGCCAGAUACUGUUGUGAUCCGAAAAGCCCCUGGAAAGGCAUCGCGGAGCCUCUCACCGGCUGUUCGUGAUGUCGGCACUCCUGGCGGCAUCUCGGCUGCGCUCAACGGCGCCCGCUCUCAGUCGCCCUCUCGGUUCAACGGGCAGUCCUUGGGCAAUGCCAAGGACUCCUUCCUCAAUUACUUUUUCGGAAAGGAUGGUGCCGCGACGACUCCAGCCCCUCUGCCCAAUGCCAAUAUUGGGCGCCACGUCAGCCAGUCGGUUGAGCCGACAUUCAGCCAAAGCUUCAGACGGCCAGAAGAGAAAGGGACGCUGCGGUCCCCUAUCCGGUCCAUGCGGGCAGAUGACAACCUGGAUUACACGCAGGGCGCAAAAGCCAAUGAUCCGGCCAAUAGUGACGAGCUUGCCAUGACUGAAAGGGAAGCGAUGGAGACCGAGCUGAUCCGGGCCUUGAUCACCUCAUACUUCAACAUUGUGCGGGAGAUGAUCGCUGAUCAAGUUCCCAAGGCUAUCAUGCAUCUUCUUGUUAACUACUGCAAGGAGACUGUUCAAAAUCGUCUUGUCAGCGAGCUGUACAAGGAGUCGCUCUUCGAGGAGCUCCUCUAUGAGGAUGAUGCCGUCAAGAAGGAGCGCGAGAAAUGCGAGAAGCUGCUCCAGACGUAUCGGGAGGCUGCCAAGAUCAUUGGCGAGGUUGUCUAG